UAACCAAGAGCUAUUCUCUUCCUCUCGUCCUUGCCUUGGCCACUGUAUUUCAUUUCAGCAUUCAGAAUUUGACAAUUCAUCGCUUUCUGGUUUUAUUUAUCUUUUACACAGAGAGAGAGAGAGAGAGGAGAAGAAAGGGCGAGAGUCGUGGGUGGUGGGGUGUGGGGUAUAGAUUCCUUGGUACGAUGUCGUCACAAGAAAAUUGAAGAGACUUGUGUACUGUCUGGGCACAGAAACUGCAUUUUUAUCGCCCUCCUUCCUAACCUUUUCCUAAUUUCUGUCUUCCUUCUCUGUUUCACGCAUGCUAUUUGGGACCGGCCCUCUCUUUAUUUCUUCCCACCACAUCUCUUUCCUCUCACAGCUUUCACUAUUUUCCCCCAACUUGCUAAUUCUGUCUCUAAUCUUCUCGAAUCUCUUCUUUGGACUCUCUGUAUCAACCUUUUGUGGCAUUGAGCUGGGAAUCAUGUGAAGUGAUUGUGCGAGUUGGGGGUUUGCGAUUCUGGGCUGGGUCUCCGAGACAACGCGUAGUUGUUUGUUAGAUUUGUAGGUUUUGUUUAAACAGGCCUUGUUUGGAUUUACGUUUUGUUUGGGUAUAUCUUAACCGAUAGAAUUGACGGAUGAACUAGCUGGGGCAGCUUUUUGUUAGUAUCUUGGCGGUUGUGUUGAAGUUCUUGCUGGUUGAUUUCAAUUUUCUUCUACCGAGUGGAUUUGGAAUUUGGGUGUUGUAAUUUUGAAUUUGAUAGAUUUAAUUCAUGGAGGCUAAAUUUCGGGGUAAGAAUCAGUAUGUCUAUGGAACUGUGGUACCGGAAAUUAAAGCGGUUGGAAAGAAGAGUUUGGAGUGGAAUUUGGAAGACUGGAAAUGGGACGGAGAUCUUUUCACUGCUAGUCCACUAAAUCCAGUUCCAUCUGAUUGCAGAAAUAAGCAGUCUUUCCCAGUUGAUCCAGAAAUUCCUGCGAAAGCUAAUACUUCUAACAUUGCAUCUUCUAAUUGGGAUGAUGUCAAUCCGGAGAAAGGAAAGAGAGAAUUGGAGAAAAGGAGGAGAGCUGUUAUAUCUGAAGGCGUUGAGCUGAAUGAUGAAGCUGGCUGUCUUAAUUUAAACCUUGGAGCUCAAAUUUACCCUAUCAUGGAAGGAGAUGAAAAAAGUGGAAAGAAGACAAAGAUAGUUGGGAGUGGGACUUCUUCAAACAGAGCGGUUUGUCAGGUGGAAGAUUGUAGGGCCGAUCUUAGUAAUGCAAAAGAUUACCACCGUCGGCAUAAGGUUUGUGAUAUGCAUUCUAAGGCCAGCAAAGCACUGGUAGGAAAUGUCAUGCAGCGUUUCUGUCAACAGUGUAGCAGGUUUCAUGUUCUUCAAGAGUUUGAUGACGGGAAAAGAAGUUGUCGGAGGCGUUUGGCAGGCCAUAAUAGGAGGAGGAGGAAGACACAUCCUGAUGCUGUUGUUAAUGGAGGCUCCCUGAAUGAUGAAAGUGGCAGCAGUUAUCUGUUAACAAGUCUUCUCCGUAUAUUGUCCGAUAUGCACUCAAAUGGAUCAGAUGCUACUAGGGACCAAGAUAUUCUCUCUCAUCUACUAAGGAAUCUGGCAAGUUUGGCUGGUACAAUCAAUGGAAGGAACAUAGCCUCCUUAUUGGAGGGAACCCAAGGUUUGGUGAAUGCUGGGACAUCUGGAACUUCCCAAAAAGUGCCUAAUCUAAAUUCAAAUGGUCCUGAACCCAUCAGAUCUCCUGGUUCUUCCGCCAAGACAGAUAAUGGUAUCAGCAGUCGGGACCCUCCAAAGGCAAUGGGACAGUCUGAGACAGUGCCUGCAUAUGAUAUGGUGCAAAAAUGUUUACCUUCUGGUGAUGUUGCGGUUGGAAGUUUAAAGUCUCCUUCAGGCUCACAGCCUUCAAAUGUACUUCUAUCAAGGGGUAGCCUUCCAUCCCAAUCAGUCGCAGCAGAGACUACAGUUAGAAGGAAUGGUUUAAAUCACAUUGACCUCAAUAAUGUAUAUGAUGACAUACAAGAUGAUGCUGAGAACAUUAGGAAGUCUCAUCCACCUGAGGCUUCCGGUUUUGGUUCUCUUGAUCAUCCUUCAUGGCUACAACUUGACACUCAAAAGUCAAGUCCCCCACAGACAAGCAUAAACUCAGAUUCAACCUCCUCUCAAUCACCUUCUAGUUCUAGUGGAGAAGCUCAGAGUCGCACAGAUCGAAUUGUUUUCAAACUCUUUGGCAAGGAUCCGAAUGAUUUUCCUCUUGUUCUUCGAUCACAGAUUCUCAGCUGGUUAUCCCACAGUCCCACAGAGAUUGAGAGCUACAUAAGGCCAGGCUGUAUCAUAUUAACAGUAUAUCUGUGUCUAGAAAAAUCUGCAUGGGAGGAGCUUUGCUGUAAUUUAGGACUCAACUUGAAAAAGCUUGUUGCUGCAUCAAAUGAUUCUUUCUGGAGGACCGGGUGGGUAUACACUAGGGUGCGGCAUUCUGUAGCCUUUCUGUACGAUGGUGAAGUUGUUUUAGAUGUUCCCUUGAGCCUUAGAAGCCCACAACAUUGUAGGAUUUCAAGUAUUAAGCCACUUGCUGUUUCUUCAAAGGCAAGCACUCAAUUUGUUGUUAAAGGUGUCAACCUUUUCCAUUCUAGCACAAGGUUACUCUGCGCGCUUGAAGGGAAGUAUCUGGCACAGUAUAGUUGUUGUGACUUGAUUGAUGGUGUUGACACAGCUAUUGAACAUGAUGAGCAUCAAUACCUCAGCUUCUCUUGUACUAUACCAAGUGUUACUGGGAGGGGAUUUAUUGAGGUGGAAGAUCAUGGUCUUAGUGGCUCUUCCUUUCCUUUUAUUGUUGCGGAGCCAGAAAUUUGUACAGAGAUCUGCGAUCUGGAGAGUGUGAUUGAGGCAGCUGAGAUUUGUGAAGAUGUACAAAUGAGAAGGAAACAGAUGGAAGAAAAGACUCGAGCCUUGGAUUUCAUACAAGAAAUGGGGUGGCUCCUUCAUAGAAGUCGUGUGAAAGCUAGGCUGGGUCCCAUUGCACCCUUCCAGGAUCUGUUCCAUUUCAAUCGGUUCAAGUGGCUUGUUGACUUCUGCAUGGACCAUGAUUGGUGUGCCGUGAUGAAAAAGCUUCUAGACAUUAUGUUUGAGGGUACUGUUGAUGCCGGGGAGCAUGCCUCUGUCCAGCUUGCAUUGUUAGACUUGGGUCUGCUACAUAGAGCUGUGAGUAGAAAUUGCAGGCCCAUGGUGGAACUACUGUUGAAAUUUGCACCAGUUCAAACUUCUGAUGACGACAGUAAGGAGAAACAAGCUGGCAAGAACUCUGAAAGAUUCUUAUUUAAACCUGAUAGUGUUGGCCCUGCUGGUUUGACUCCCCUACAUGUCGCUGCAAGCAUGCAUGGCUCAGAGAAUGUAUUAGAUGCAUUAAUUGAUGAUCCUGGAAUGGUGGGAAUCAAGGCAUGGAAAAGUGUCCGAGACAACACAGGUUCGACCCCAGAGGACUACGCAUCCAUGAGGGGCUACCACUCCUACAUUCAACUUGUCCAGACAAAAACAAGCAAGAAAAGUGAUGAAUCUCAUCAUCAUCACGUGGUUGACAUCCCAUCUUCCCUUGUAGAUAGUAACACGAAGAAGCAAAAGUCAUUGUCGAAAGCUUCCAGCUUGCAAACCGAGAGGAUUGACAUGGCGGCAUCGACAGUUCCACACCAGUGCGGGCUAUGUCAGCACAAGCUGGCUUGUCACAGCACUAGAACGGCUCUGGUUUAUAGGCCAGCAAUGCUCUCGAUGGUGGCCAUUGCAGCUGUGUGUGUCUGUGUGGCAUUGCUCUUCAAAAGCUCACCUCAAGUCUCCUAUGUCUUCCAGCCCUUCAGAUGGGAAUCAUUAGAUUAUGGCUCCAUGUAGUGUCUGAAUAUCAGGUGUAGUGAGCCUGCAAUUUGUUUCUUUGAUCCCUCUUCUCCUUCCUCCUCUUUUUGGCCCUUAAUCUUCUAACUUUUUGAAAUGUGGAAGUCGCAGUUAUUGGUAUAUAUACACACAUCGUUGGCAGUUGUAUCUGUCCUGAAAGUAUAAUUAGGUGGGUAUGACUUCAUCAGCAAUUUCUGUCUAUCAUGGAAUGUGUGGUACGAUAUUAGGAAAUGGACGUAGUGGUAGGAGUGAGUUUGUAGACAUAUAGGAGAGAAUACUUUGUAUUAGUCGAAUAAUAUUAAAAGGGGUUUUCAGAUUUAGGCAAAUAAUAUCAGUUGUUAAUUAUUAA